AUGACUGGUACCUAUGAAUGCAAGUAUUCCCAUUUGUGCCCGGUGGGGACAUAUGGGAAUACACCCGAUGGCCUGGUUGUUCGCAGAUUGUCAGCCAGGUGUGGGGAUGUUGUAAUUGCUGCUGCCGCUGCUGCCGCCUCUGCUGCAUGCCGGCGUGCCGGCGCGGCUGCUACUCAUAGAUUGUCAGCCAAGCCUACGGCUGCAGCGGUUGCUGCGGCAAGAGACCCUGUCGUCCGCCUCGCUGCCCCGGCGGCUGCAAGCCCAAGUACUGGUGACCCCCUAAUAUCCCAUACCCUCAUGAUCGCAUGGCUCCUGGCGCGGCUGGCGGGCCUGCUGUGGCUGGCGCUGGCGGCGGCCGCCUGCAAGAAGAGGAUCAUCGUGUGCCGCCCGCCGCCCGGCCAGCCGCCCGCGUGCCGGCAGGGCGUCGCUGGUGAAUACCUCCCUAAUACCUAG